CUCCCCGCCGCUACCCCAGCACCCCGCCCUCCGUCCCUCCCCUCCUCCUCGAGCCGCGCCUCAGCGGGUGUUAAUGCGGGAUGAGCGAUCAAAAGAAGGAGGAAACUAUGCCCUCAGAGGCGGAGAAUUCACCUGAGGCAGAAAACAAUAAAAAAAGCAAAACUGGAGCCUCUCAGGAUUCUCAACCUUCCCCCCUGGCUCUCUUGGCAGCAACUUGCAGCAAAAUAGGGACACCUGGUGAGAAUCAAGCAACUGGACAGCAGAUUAUUAUAGAUCCAAAUCAAGGUUUGGUGCAGCUUCAAAAUCAGCCACAGCAGUUAGAAUUAGUGACAACUCAGCUUGCAGGAAAUGCUUGGCAGCUGGUUGCUGCUGCCCCUCCUGCUUCAAAAGAAAAUAAUGUCCAGCAGGCGUCUUCUGUCACUUCAAGUGCAGCAAGUCCCUCUAGCAGCAACAAUGGAAAUGUAUCUCCUUCAAAAACAAAAACAGGCAGUUCCUCUGGAGCAACUCCAGGACAGUUUCAAGUAAUACAAGUACAAAAUCCAGGUGGUAGUGUUCAGUAUCAAGUGAUUCCUCAGAUUCAAACAACAGAAGGUCAACAAAUUCAGAUCAGUCCUGCUAAUGCUGCAGCUUUACAAGAUUUACAAGGUCAAAUUCAACUUAUCCCUGCAGGGAAUAAUCAAGCUAUCAUUACAACUACAAAUAGGACAGCUUCUGGGAAUAUUAUUGCUCAAAACUUGGCAAAUCAAACAGUACCAGUCCAGAUUAGGCCUGGUGUUUCCAUUCCAUUGCAACUGCCUAUUGCUGGUACUCAGGCACAAGUUGUGACAUCAUUGCCUAUAAACAUUGGAGGAGUGACCCUAGCAUUACCUGUAAUAAAUGUUGCAGCUAGCGGUUCUGGACAGGUUUCUCAACCCACUGAUAGUGGAGUUUCCAAUGGAAAUCAGCUGUUAUCCACACCUGUCACCACAGCUUCUGUUAGUAGCAUGCCAGAUUCUCCUUCUUCCACUUGCACAACUACUGCCUCUACGUCUCUAACAAGCAGCGAAACUUUAGUAAGUACUGCAGAAACUGGCCAGUAUGCAAGCACAGCAAACAGUUGUGAAUCUGCUACUGAAGAUCCUCCAACAACUGCUUCGGAAACAGAGGCCCAGAACUCUAGUCAACUUCCGUCUAAUGGACUGCAAAACGUUCAGGACCAGUCAAACUCUUUGCAGCAGGUGCAAAUAGUAGGUCAGCCUAUUCUACAGCAGAUACAGAUCCAACAGCCACAACAGCAGAUCAUUCAAGCUAUUUCUCCACAGUCUUUUCAGCUUCAGUCAGGACAAACUAUUCAAACCAUUCAACAGCAGCCUUUGCAAAAUGUUCAAUUACAAGCAAUGAGUCCAACUCAAGUGCUCAUAAGAGCACCAACUUUAACCCCAUCAGGGCAAAUCAGUUGGCAGACAGUACAGGUCCAGAAUCUUCAAAGCCUUUCAAAUCUCCAAGUUCAAAAUGCAGGGUUACCCCAGCAAUUAACCAUUACUCCUGUAUCUUCAAGUGGUGGUACUAUAGCUCAAAUAGCACCAGUUGCUGUUGCUGGUACACCAAUAACGCUAAAUGCUGCCCAGAUUGCUUCCGUGCCUAAUCUCCAAACAGUAAGCGUAGCCAACUUGGGUGCUGCAGGUGUCCAAGUGCAAGGAGUUCCAGUUACCAUUACUAGUGUUGCAGGUCAACAACAAGGACAGGAUGGAGGAGUGAAAGUACAGCAAGCCACAAUAGCUCCUGUAACUGUAGCAGUAGGAGGCAUUGCUAAUGCAGCAAUUGGUGCUGUUAGUCCUGAUCAGAUAACUCAGGUGCAGUUGCAACAAGCCCAGCAAGCUUCUGAUCAAGAAGUGCAGCCUGGCAAAAGGUUAAGAAGAGUUGCUUGCUCCUGCCCUAAUUGCAGAGAAGGAGAAGGAAGAGGCAGUAAUGAGCCAGGAAAAAAGAAACAACAUAUCUGCCACAUUGAAGGUUGUGGAAAAGUAUAUGGGAAAACAUCUCAUCUCCGGGCACACCUUCGCUGGCACACUGGAGAAAGGCCAUUUGUUUGCAACUGGAUCUUCUGUGGAAAAAGAUUUACAAGAAGUGAUGAGCUACAAAGACAUAGACGAACCCACACAGGUGAGAAAAGAUUCGAAUGUCCAGAGUGUUCUAAAAGAUUCAUGCGAAGUGACCAUCUCUCUAAGCAUGUCAAAACUCAUCAAAAUAAGAAGGGUGGAGGAACAGCCCUUGCUAUUGUUACCUCAGGUGAACUGGACUCUUCAGUUACUGAGGUUCUUGGAUCUCCAAGGAUUGUCACAGUUGCAGCAAUUUCUCAAGAUUCAAACCCAGCAACCCCUAAUGUUUCUACAAACAUGGAGGAAUUCUGAAAGAACGUUGUACAAAUGCCUAGAGCUGCACUUAAGUUUACAACCUUUCAAGAUAUGGAAGUGGGCUUGUAAAUGUAUUACAGAGCAGGAAAUCAUGCAGUCAGUCUUGAUUUCUGUAAGUAUUCCAAGUUGGAGGAUUAGCACAGAAUGCAUACAUUGUACAAAACAAAAAUUUAAAAAAAUUAAAACAGGGCCAACUGACAUGAAUAAAUUAUGGAUAAAAUAGAUGAGGAAAAUAUUGCUUCCACACACUGUACUUAUUUAUGUAGCUCUAUAUCAUGGAAAAUAUUUUAAUUGGAUUUUUCUUCUCUUUAAUAUUAUAUGUUAAUGUUUGUUGUAGCAACAAACUGAAUAUGCCACAGCAUAGCUGUUAGCUGGCGUGGUUUUCACAGGAAGGUCUCUAGUGUUUUUCAUGGGAACUUUCACUUUCUAAAAGGCACAACAAAAUACAUAACAACUUAAUGAAUAUGAAUACCUUAUUUUUGGUUUGUGAAAUGUAUAUUAAAUUUGGCCGUCUUUAUUCAGUUUUUUAAAUUAUUCAAAUGGCAGCAUGUGCAAUACAGCUGCUGAGUCUGAGAUGCAUCUCAGAUAAUUUUUAACCACUACAUUAUAGUAGUGUGUAUAAUGACAAUCAGUAAACACAGAUUACUCUCAUGGAGAGGUAAGAGAUCUAUAGAGCCAGUGUAUACAGUAGCAAAUAUUAAAUCUUAGAAAUAUAUUGACAUAAGAUUUUAACUAAUUUCUGUGUAAAAGUGAAACAUGGGAACCUAUGUGACAAGUCUUAUACCUUAAUACAUCCCAUUUCAAAACAUAGAUGAUAAAUUACUCAGCUUUGGUUAACUUCAGUUUUUAAAAUAUCUGUAAUUUUAAAUAUUUAAAUUUUAUUAGACUCGGUGGGAAAGAGAGUGUUAUAGAGCUAAUGCACCACUAUCAACUUUUUGGCAGUUUCAAAUAUUAAUAUCCUGAAGUCUUUAUACUGCGACAUAACAGCCAAAGAAAAGGAUGAAAAACUUUAACCAAAUUUUUAAGAAAUCUAUUCUUUCUUUUAUUAGGAACAAUAGUGGUAGGGAUCCAAACAGCUACUGUACUUUAGAUGCACCCAAUAGGGCUGGUAUAGUCAGUAGUUUUUUGACCUUUUACUUUGAAUAGCAGACUCUCAGGCAUUAUAGAAAACAACUUUUGAAAGUCCUCUCAAAUUCAAAAGUAACUUACUGUGUGGCAAAGCAGACUGCUUUUUGUGAACCUCAAGAUGAAAAGUCCCCUUGGGCACACAAACGUAGUGGCAAGAUGUUUUGGAUCCUAGACAAAAUUUUACAUUCCUCUUUUUGUAUCUAAAUAAGCCAGAAAAGAAUAAUUGUAAAGGAAUUUCUUGUAUCAUCAAUAAUUUUGAUUCUUCAGGCAAAGACAUAUUAGCAAAAUAUACUUGCUUUUCUGGACAAUAAACUAAGCUAUUAUAUUCUUAGUAUGUAUUAAUGUGAUGGAGCAUAAUUCAAAAAUGGCCAAAUAUUAAAGAUCUUUUUGCCAUGUGUACUGACAUGCAUGAGAGAGGUAGUCACUCUGGAUAGGUAUGCCCAUCUCCAUCUCCAUGAGAAUGUGUAUCCAGCUGGAUAGUAGCACCUGGGUGAGCAUCACAGUACAGAUGGAGAUGCAUGCUGAAUGAACAUCUGUAUUGGUUACACAUGUGAAGAUUGUUUCUGCUUGUAGAUAUCCCUGGCUGGAUUGGCACAUCUGUGUAUGCAUUGUUGUGCACAACAUAAGUAUGGCCAAACACACUUUAGAUUUUUAAACAUUUCCCAUAGGUCUAAACAUGACACUUUACAAAUUUUCUUAUUUGGAAAAUAUCUCAUGAUAGUCCAGUUUAUAUACUUUUACACCAAAAUAUGUGAUUGAACUUAGAAGUACAGUGCAAGAAAUUAACACUUUUCCUUUAAAAAUUAUCUUUUUGUUAGGAGCUGUUUCAAGAACCUAAACAAAUACCUUUUAUAAUCUUAUACAGGCAUCAGGUUCGUGGCAUUGCAUGUAUUUUUAACAACAAAGAUUUAUUGGUAAUUUGUACCUCAUACAUUCUAGGAAUGCCCUGGGUGGUGAAAUGUGAGGCUGAAAGUCUUUUAUACUUUCAGUUUACGUACAUAGCAAACAAAACAAUUUUACACUGUGGUUAUAAAUUUCAAGUUUCUUGAGCCUUUUAUAGACAUUUAAUGACGUCUUUAAAUUUGAGGUGAGUUUGUAUAUUAUUUUGUAUAUUUUAUUUAAAAUGUUCUCAGCUGAUGUAUCUGGUUUUAAAACACCAGAAUCAAUUAGAUGAUACGUUUAAUAAGGUGGCCAUUAACUAAUACUGAUAAAUUUUGUUGCAUCAACUGAAGCAACAACUAUAUGCUUCCUAUACGCUUAUUAUCAUCUUUCACAAUGAGUGCUAUAAAAAUUCAGUUAAAGUUUCCUUAAAGAAUCAUGUUUACUUAGAAGCAAAGGCUAUUUGCAAACUGAAAGUAUGAGUACUCUGCACAGCUGUUAGAUAUUAUAUGCAUACUUAUGUAUGCAGAUAUGAAAUGGAAAUUAUUUUUUAAUCGGCAGCAAAUCCCUAUUACAAGUAUAUCGAAAUCUUGUUGGCAUCAUAGAAUCUAAUGUAGUUUAAUCUGUGUUAGCAGGUGCGCUCAUUACCCCUGGAAUUAGAAACAUUUUGAUAGUCUGUUCUGCAUACCAUUCAGAGUCCACUUUUCAGUCUUAGAAGGAUCGUAAAUUUCAGUGUCCUUUAUUUGACUCAGUGGGAUAUAACUGUUGUAUGUAAUAGGGCACAGAUGUGCAGUAGUAGCUUGUUUAUAAUGGCAUUUCACUGUUCUUUUCCUUUGCCACCAUUAUAAAAUUUUGCUUUAUUGUAAUUAUCAGUGCAAAGUGUAUUUAUCAUGGUAGAUCUCAAGUGUUGGAAUCAUUUUUUUCCCAUUACAAUAUUAUUUUUUGGAAUAGGGUUGUGUAUGUGUUUUCUGAUUACAUUAGAAGUUGGUGUUAAGUCAUUAUUUAUCUUAUUGUUUCAUGAGAGAAGUAAUACAAGUGUGUAAUCUAGGAGGAAAAGUUUAUUUGUCAAACUUAGGUAAGCAUGAUGUUUGGGUCCUAUUUUUCAAUUUUAUAACUGUUUUAUUGCAACAAUAUUUGUAUUUAAGUCUCCAUUUCUAAUGCCUUGUGAUUUUUUAUGCAUGUCACUAAAUUGUCAUCCCACAAAAAUAGAUGUGCAGCAUAGGGUGUUAAAUCUACAUAAUGAUUUUGAAACAGAAAAAUAGUUGGUGGUAAAAUUGUAAAUGUUUUCCAGAAAAUCCUUAUAAAAAGUUUUGUAGUAAUAUUUCACUUGUAAAUUUUUGUAAGAAAAAGGGAAAAAGAAAAAAAAAGCAAGGAACACCUAUUCUAGAAUCUACAAAUAAAUUCUGCCAGCAAAGCCUCUAAGGCAUUAAUUUUUACUAUGCUAAUUUGUAUAAAUUUUGUGUGUUUUUGUGGAUUUGGAACUAAAACUGUGUAGACG